AUGAACCUAAGACUCGAAGACGCUCUUCGGGAUUUCAACACCCCAAAAGCCGUAGAGAUCCUCGAGUCUAGCCAUAAUCUGUCACAAAAUGAGCUCAACUCAGCGCUCAGGAUUGCCAUCUCCAGCAGCAGCCCAGAUACUGCUAUAGAUCAUUUGCUCUCUCAUGGCGCCCAGAUCACGGAAACGGUGUUCUAUGGUGCUUCGGCAAGAAAAUAUGUGAUCUCAUUUCAAGCAUUCCUGGACCACGGUUGGGAUAUCAAUUCACUCGAAUUUGGCCAACCAGCGUUGAGGCUUGCUGUAGGAGAUGAACAGCUUGUUCGGUGGUUUUUAGAUCACGAUGCCGAUCCCAAUCUUCAAGGCACGAUAGGUUGCUCGAUCUUAGCAACCGCUGCUCUUCAUCCCUCGACAACACUCCUUGAGCCGCUAAUAUCACGUGGUGCACAGGUAUGA